CCCGCCUCCUGGGCACAGCGAGCUUCCGUACCGCUCCUUUAACCCCUGCCAAGGAAGGGACACAACUGCCAGCUAGCGCAAUGUUAUCACGAUCCAGAUGUCUGUCCCGGACGGUAGGCCGUUCUCUGUCAGCGGUGAGCCAGGCCAAUAAUGUGCUUGUCCGACAAAGUGUAUCAGGCCUGUCUGUCUGCAGCCGGCUCAGUUACAGGAAUUCUCAGCCAUGUGAAUUUCCGUCAUCAUCGAACGUCUUCCACAUCAGAUACUUCAAGACGUCUGCUGUUCACAGAGAUGAGGUAGUCACAGUCAAAACUCCUGCAUUCGCCGAAUCAGUUUCAGAGGGCGAUGUGAGGUGGGAGAAAGCCGUGGGCGACUCGGUGACAGAAGAUGAAGUGGUGUGUGAAAUUGAAACUGACAAGACAUCAGUACAAGUCCCCUCUCCAGCUGCUGGAGUCAUUGAGGAGCUGCUGGUGCCUGAUGGAGGGAAGGUGGAAGGAGGAACGCCCCUUUUCAAACUCCGGAAAGGAGCUGCUGCUGCCAAAGCUGCUCCCUCCCCAGCAGCAGAAGCACCGGCUGCAGCCCCUCCACCUCCACCACCUCCACCAGCAGCUUCAGCCCCCACUGCUAUGCCUCCAGUGCCCCCAGUGCCACCACAGCCUGUCCAAGUCAAACCUGUUUCUGCUGUGCAGCCCACUGCUGCAGCACCAGCUCCUCCACCAGCAGGAGCCAGAGGAGAAAACAGGGUGAAGAUGAACCGUAUGAGGUUGAGGAUCGCUCAGAGGUUAAAGGAGGCUCAGAACACCUGCGCCAUGUUGACCACCUUCAACGAGGUGGACAUGAGCAACAUUCAGGAGAUGAGGAAAAUCCACAAGGAUGCUUUCUUAAAGAAGCACAACAUCAAACUGGGUUUUAUGUCUGCGUUUGUGAAGGCUGCAGCGCAGGCUCUGACUGACCAACCUGCUGUCAAUGGCGUUAUCGAUGACACAACCAAAGAGAUUGUCUACAGGGAUUACGUAGACAUCAGUGUUGCUGUGGCAACACCCAAGGGACUUGUUGUGCCAGUGAUCCGUAAUGUUGAGACCAUGAACUUCGCUGACAUUGAGAAAACCAUUAAUGCACUGGGAGAAAAGGCUCGUAAAAAUGAGCUUGCUGUUGAGGAUAUGGACGGAGGCACCUUUACCAUCAGCAAUGGCGGCGUGUUUGGCUCCAUGUUUGGUACACCCAUCAUCAACCCCCCACAGUCUGCCAUCCUGGGCAUGCACGGCAUCUUCGACCGACCUGUGGCCAUCAAUGGCCAGGUUGAGAUCCGGCCCAUGAUGUAUGUGGCGCUGACAUACGACCACCGACUGGUUGAUGGUAGAGAGGCGGUCACUUUCCUACGCAAGAUCAAAGCGGUGGUGGAAGAUCCUCGAGUGCUGUUGCUGGACAUGUGAUGUCUCUACCAAAACAUUACUCUCAUUUAAGGAUAGCUCGGCUGCAUAAAAUAACGCACAAGUCGCACAAAAUCGCCAAACACAACCACAAAUACUGUUUUAACAGUUCAGUCAGACUGCAGCGGGUCACUGAGGUUGUGUUCCAAACUCUUUAUGGAGCUCGAAAUGUGGGAUUAUCUGUAGACAUUACAUGAUGCUUAAAAAGUAAAGUUGGCAAACACAGGCCUAAAAUGUUAAGGAUAACUCAUUCAUGGGUGUGUUAUGAUACCCAUGUCCCCCUGCAGUAGAUAAACACUCGCUUAUCACAGUUGUGUAACCAUGAAACAAAAUGGCUUCUCCAGGCAACAGUUGGCUGCAUGAUAUUCCCCCCUGCUCAUUAGCUGAUGCUCCUCAGCCAGAUUUUCCACAGCGGGGCCAAACAGAGCUCAAUCAGAUUAGUUCAAGAUGUGUUGAACGUUGACACAGGAUUGACCGAUACCUCUGUUUGCUGAUAGUCAUUGCUGUGAGCAAAUGUCUGGGAUUGUCGACAUGUUGUGAGGUUAUUCUGUUCAGUCAUAUCCCUGCUUCGCACAGUCAUGUACGUCCUGUCUUUUUAUUUUAAUUUGUGUUGGACCUACCUUGCUGUUGCCAGGCAGAUACUUUGACUAUCACAAUCUGAAAAUGUUGAUCGAACUGUUAGGAGCUUGUAGUAAAACAGUCACACAUGAAUGCACUGUUCAUUCACAGAGACUAUACAAAACACAGAGCAGACACUAUUUGUUUUUGUUUUUUUAAAUAUACGUGCAGUAUAUUGGUACUUUUGGAGCAGAAUGUUUGGAGUCAUGUUCAAAACGCACAUCUGGAAUAUAUGUUGAGCUCCACUGUUGGAUUUUCGUUGUACUAUCCUAUACAUAAAAUAAUUGUAUCUAUUUAAAGAAACAAUUUUAAACAUUAAACAUCUCAAGAAUUUUAUGUACUAAAA